AUGAAUACUCUCUAAAGUUUAAAAAACUAUUUGGUAAAAGCAAUGAUAGUAAAAAACAAUAGAGCGAAUCAGGGAUAGCUAAAAACUUUUUAAAUCUCAUCAAAAAGUAAAGCAACAGUCAAUAAGUUUAUCUCAAAUCUUUUUAGAAACUCAUACAUUAUUCCUUAAAAGUUUUAGUCAUAACUCUAAGAUGAGUAUAAUUGUGUUUAACAUGAAAUUAUUAAACAUAUCUAAAUACACGUCCUUUUCAAAAUUUCUAUCAUGUAUUUUUUUAACUCUUAUCAUUUUAGAUUCAAUAGAUAGUCCUUAAUUUAUUAAGAUAUUUCAACCAGGAAGUUAAUUACUUAUAUAUUUGGAUUUAUUAGACUUAUUAUUAAUAUGAUUUCUUUAUGGUUGAAUAUAUAACAGAUCGACAAUUUCAUUUGGAGAAAUAAUUAAACCAGAAGUUAGAUUAUAAAAUAUUAUUUAUUAAGAUAUAAUUAGUUUUAUAAUUUGGAUUAUUCUAUAAAAUAAACCAAAGGAGAGUUUAAAUUAGAAAUACUUUAAAUAGUAUAAAUAAUUGUUACAACAAAGAAAGUCAUAAUAAAUUUUGAUAAAUUUUUUGAAUCUCUAUAUUCUAAAGGAGAAUUCUCAAACUUGAUUGACCUAUUUUCUUUAGUUAUUACUAUAUUCUUUUUUGCUCAUAUAACAGCAUGA